AUGGAUUUUGACGAGUUUGGUAAUCCCAUUGGUGAUGAGUUGGAACUGGGGGAAGAAAUUGAGGUUAAGAAAGAAGAGACCGAGAGCAUAGGUACCAAUGGUGAAGGAAGCAAUCAUAGUGAUAAUGAGAUAAACGAGGAAGAUGACGAUUAUAUGAGUGAUCUAGAUGCCGAUUUUGACGACGAGAACCUCGCUUUAGAGUCUCUUAGACAUACUUAUGGUGAUCAAGUUGAAGUGCUGAUGGAAUAUGAAGAUAGAGACGCAAAUGAGCCUAUUGUCGAAAGUGGUGAUACUGGGGAAUCUCACAGCAAAGAGGGUGUUUUUAUUAGAUUAAAAAAGAAUAUUCCUAGGGCGCAAUUUGAUAGAGAGUAUAUGAUGCAGAUGAUGAAAGUGCCAGAAAGAAUACGAACUGUAUGCAUUUUAGGACCCUUACAUUCGGGUAAGACAUCAAUUGCCGACAUAUUCGUACUUAACAAUUAUGAUAGACUGAACUGCAUUACUAAAAAUAUUAGACUUGGUUGGAAGCAAUUGCGUUAUAUGGAUAAUACUAGACAAGAAAUAGAAAGAGGAAUGACUUUGAAGCUAAAUGGAAUGACUUUCCUUGCUACAGAUAUGCAAGAUAAGUCACAUGUUAUAAAUUUACUGGAUACACCCGGGCAUGUGGAUUUUAUUGAUGAGGUAGCUGUGGCAAUGUCUGUUUCGGAUACUGCACUAGUGUGUAUCGAUAUCAUCGAAGGCAUUAGCUCCACUACACGGUAUAUAAUCAAAGAAUGUCAAAAGAGGGGACUAUCAAUGGUAUUCUUGAUUAACAAGAUUGAUCGACUGGUACUUGAACUUAUGUUACCGCCUACUGAGGCAUACAUGAAACUGCAGGAGCUUGUGUUGAAUAUCCAAGGAGCUACAAAAGAUAGCAUGUUUACACCAGAAAAUAAUAAUAUUUUAUUUGCAUCCGCCAAAUUUGGGAUAAUUUUCUCAAUAGAACAAUUUGUAUCGAAAUGUUAUGGUAAGGUUCUGGCUGGUCCAAAACUGAAUGAAUUUGUCAAAAGAGUUUGGAGGAAUAACUACUACGAUAGAGGCGUUUUCCACCCAAGAACACUAAAUGAUAAAAACCAUGAAGCGACAUUUGUAACUUUUAUCUUGAACCCAAUCUACAAGAUAUUUACUCACACAUUAUCAAGGGAAGUGGAUGUGGUAUCUAAAACACUCAAGAAAAACUUUGGGGUAUCACUUACUGAGGAUGAAAUGGCCAAUGAUCCGCAACCUUUAUUAAAGGUAGUAUUCACUAAGAUAUUUCCAGACCAAAAGGCUUUAAUCUCUUCUUUAACUUCAUGUUCUGGCUCAGGUAAUUAUUAUCAAAAACAAGUGAAUCUAUUAGAAAAUGGGGUACAGAAUACAUCUUCCAGACAAUUUUUAGCACAUGCAGUCAAAAACAUGAGUAUAGGAGACAGUGAGUGGACCUUGGUAAAAGUAUAUCAUGGAAAUAUUGCUGUAGGAGACAAAAUUUCAGUAAUUGUCCCCGUUAGUAAUAUAUCUGACUCUGGAGUGAAGUUUAUUGAUGAAGAAAUGUUAGAAGAAGGAUCGCAGCAUGUCAUUGAAGCGAUUUCCUUGUUGGGCGGUAGGUUUUGCUACCCUGUUCCAUCAGCUUCUGAAGGGCAACUAGUCUUGUUAAAAGGUAUCUCUAAAAGUUUUGUCAAAUCUGCUACCUUGUGUAGCAACAAUAUAGAAUCUGCUGGUCUACCGUUAUUUCAAGCUAUAAAUUACAUAGGUAGGCCUGUAUUCAAAGUUAUCAUCGCACCACUUAAUCCAAAGGAAUUACCAAAACUACUGAGUGGUCUGGAAAAAACUAAUAGAUACUAUCCCGGAUUACACGUCAAAGUGGAGGAGUCUGGAGAGCAUGUUUUGCUAGGUAAUGGUGAACUUUAUUUUGAUUGCUUAAUGCAUGAUUUAAGGAAUGUUUAUGGUGGAAUUGAGGUUAAAAUCUCGGAUCCAGUUACUGUAUUUGCUGAAAGUUGUCAAGGGGAGUCAUUUGCGGCCAUACCGGUGGAGUCUUCUAAUCACAAUAUAUCGCUAACAGUUUGUGCAGAGCCUUUGGACAAGAAGAUUGUUCAAGAUAUAAGUAAGAAGAAACUUGAUGUAGAACUUCUAGGAGAUAAGAAGGGUUUAAGAGAGAUGGCUAAGGUUCUUAGACGGGAUUACGGAUGGGAUUCUUUAGCGGCAAGAAACAUAUGGGCGUUUUUUCACACUUCGAUACUUGUAGAUGAUACGUUACCUGACGAAACUGACAAGAAUCUUUUACAGCAUUUCAGAGAACAGGUCUUGCAAGGGUUCUAUUGGGCUGUUCGCGAAGGGCCCUUGAUGGAAGAAGCUAUCCAUGGAGUUAAAUUUCGGAUUUUGAAGUUUGAAAUGAGCGGGCGUGUUAAUUUGGACUCUUUGGAUGUUGGUAUAAUUGGUGUACAAUUGAUUCCACUAAUGAGAAAAGCAUGUAAUGUGGCCUUACUCACUGCUAAACCUAUUGUAGUGGAGCCAAUCUAUGAAAUGGACAUUAUUAUGAAAAAAGUGUAUUACCCCGUUUUGGAAGAAGUGCUAAAGAAACGCAGAAGUGCCUAUAUUUAUGCAACGGAGACCAUUCCAGGUACACCUUUGAUAGAAGUGAAAACCCAGGUACCUGUAAUCGAGUCUUUUGGUCUCGAGACAGAUAUCAGGCUAUCCUCCGAGGGCAAUGCGAUCAUCCAAUCACAUCAAUGGAAUGACAUCUGGAGAAAAGUCCCAGGUGAUGUAAUGGAUGAAGAUGCACCUAUCCCUAAGCUGAAACCAGCGCCAACCUCCAGUUUGAGUAGAGAUUUUGUAAUGAAGACCAGACGCCGUAAAGGGAUAUCCAACGAUGGAUUCAUGUCCAAUGAUGGGCCCACCUUACAGAAAUACAUUGAUAAAGAACUCUUUUCCCAACUUAAGGAAGCGGGAUUUGUAUAG